AUGUCUGGAGGAGUAUCAGGUGAACUGAGAUCUGCUGCCGUGAAGAUGGUGUUUAUUAAAGAGGAGAGUGAAGAGGACAUGAGUGAACCAGAACCUUGGAGAAUAAAACAGGAGGAACCAGAAACCUGUAUAAUAAAACACGAAGAACCAGAAACAUGGAGGAUAAAACAUGAAGAACCAGAAACUAGUAGAAAAAACAUGAGGAAAAAGGAGAUUUUAGAGUUUAUUGAAGGAAGUGAGGAAAACGAAAAAUUGAGUGAAGAUGAGGAGAAAAAUCAUGUCAAAACUGGAGAAAAAACAACAAGUUGCGCUCAAACAAAACAGAAAGAUUUAAAGAAAAGAACAGCCAAGAAAUCUUACACCUGCACUCAGUGUGGAAAGAGUUUGAAAAGCAAAUAUAAUCUUGAUAUUCACAUGAGAGUUCAUAAUGGAGAGAAACCGUUUACAUGUGAGCAAUGCGGGAAGAGUUUCACACAAUCAUCACAACUUAAGGUACACCUGAAAAUCCACACUGGAGAGAAACCUUUCAAGUGUUCACACUGUGACAAGAGAUUCAGUCAGUCUGGAGACCUGAAAAGACAUGAGAUGAUCCACACUGGAAAGAAACCGUACAAAUGUGAUAAGUGUGGAAAGAGUUUCACACAAAAAAGAAGCCUUAUGGCACAUAUGAAUGUUCAAACAGGAGAGAAUCUGCACACAUGUGGUCUGUGUGGAAAGAAUUUUAAAUUCAAUUAUAGUCUUGAGCUUCACAUGAGAGUUCAUACUGGAGAGAAACCGUUCACGUGUGAUCGGUGCGGGAAGAGUUUUAUACGAUCAGGAAAUCUUAAGGAUCACAUGAAUGUCCACACUGGAGAGAAACUGUACUCUUGUGAUCAAUGUGAUAAAACAUUUUUGAGGGCUUCAGUCCUGAAGAGACACCUGACAGUUCAUACAAAGGAGAAGCCGCAUUCAUGUCAUUUGUGCGGAAAGAGUUUUUCGCGUUUUUCAAUUUUGAAAGUACAUCAGAAAAUACAUACUGCUGUGAGAGAGUACAUGUGCUUUGAGUGUGAAAAGACUUUUACUUCAGCUGAACAUUUGAAACAGCACCAGAGGAUUCACACUGGAGAAAAAUCUUACAAGUGUUCACUAGGGUUGUGACUUUUUAAAGCUUUAUUUUUUUUAAUUCAAUGUCACAAGAAAAAUUGUUGCCAGAGAAAAAUGAAGAAAAGAGGGGAAAAAGAGAAAGAAAAUUACAUACAUUUCAGUGAUUUUCUAUUUUUUGUUUGUUCCAAGUGAUUUACAUAUUAUUUAAAGUCAUUAAUAAAAUGGGA